AUGACGGAAGUAGAUGGAACUAGGUGGGAUAAUUUGGCACUUUGCAUCGUACAACUAGUUGCAGUGCUAUUUCGAGUUCAAACAACCAAAUUGAAUAACAUAUCCAUUGACAGUUGGAGUUAUGCACAAUCAAAUCAAACGCCCAUCAAACCAAUUUUUGAUACCAUAUUGGCGACUGUUACAACGCAAUCGAAAAGUGAUGUACCACCGCACGAGUUAUCACGGAUGUCCUUAAUUUCUUUCCCGAACCCAACCGGACCGUUAUUUAAAGGAAUAGAACGUUCUUAUCUCAAUGAUUCGGAUUGA